GGUUUUUCGGACUCGCCGUGCUUCUCUCAGAAACAACCACUAGUUUCUAUUCCCGGGAGAUCCGUGUGUUGGAAUCGUGAGUAUAAAAACCCCUGCUUGCUAGUUUCUGGGCUUGCAAUUUCCAUUGCUUCUAGUUCUUGGUUCUUUUCUAGUGGACAGAUCACUGUGCACCUUGUCUAGGCUCGAUCGUACCUCCAGCCUGAGCCGCUGAGAAACAGCAGUCCAAACCCCUCGUCAAUUUAUAGGCCGGGUCGGUUUGUAAAUCUCAUUGCCACACUGAAGAAGUACCCCCGCCAUUCUGUUGGGACAGAACUUCUGGAUUUAAAUAGAACGGCCUUUGCUAGCCUCGUACGCUGGCCCACUUUCGCUCAUAUUCACCCUCUUAGGCAGCCCCAUUUUCGAAAAAAUGACAGCCACUUCUCCGCAGGACACGUGGGCUGUCCGAAUCAAGCGACAGGUGAAGCAGGAGUCCAACGCGUCGCUCAUUGCCGGCGGCGUGGCCGGGGCCGUCUCACGGACCUUGGUCCUGCCUUUUGAGCGGGCCAAAAUCUUGCUCCAGCUCCAGGGGCCCGAGGCACAAAAGGCGUACCGCGGCAUGUUCCCCACGAUCUGGAAAAUGUACAAAGACGAGGGCUGGCGCGGCUGGUUCCGGGGGAACACGUUGAACUGUGUCCGCAUUGUGCCGUACAGUGCCGUGCAGUUUGCCGUGUUUGAGAAAUGCAAGCUUUUGCUCCUCGGCUACAAGCACGAGGACCGGCGGCAGCUCACGGACCUCGACCGGCUCUUGGCGGGGUCCGUCGGCGGCAUUUCGUCCGUGUUGGCCACCUACCCGUUGGACUUGGUCAGGGCACGCAUCACCAUCCAAACGGCGCUGUUGAAAAAGCUCAACCGGGGCAAGCUAGUGCGGGCCCCGGGCGUGUGGGAAACUCUAAGCGACGUGUACAAAAACGAGGGCGGGCUUGUGGGCUUGUACCGCGGGAUCGUGCCCACCACGCUAGGCGUGGCGCCGUACGUGGCCCUCAACUUCGCCCUGUACGAGAACUUGCGGGAAAUGAUGAAGGAGUCCAGCCACGACUUCAGCAACCCGCUCUGGAAACUCGGGGCCGGGGCCAUCAGCAGCUUUGCCAGUGGCGUGCUCAUAUAUCCGCUUGACUUGCUCCGAAAGCGGUACCAGGUGGCCAGCAUGGCGGGCGGCGAAUUGGGCUUCCAGUACCGGUCGGUGGCUCACGCGUUGGUGACGAUUUUCAAGCACGAGGGCAUUUCGGGUGCAUACAAGGGCUUGACGGCGAACUUGUACAAGAUCGUGCCGUCCAUGGCGGUGAGCUGGCUAUGCUACGACUCUCUCAAAGACUGGAUCGCGGCGUGGUAGGUGGAGCCUGUGGCGGGCGUGAAGAUUUAUUUAAGUUCUACCAGGGACGCGGGGGAUUGUGGUGCAGGGACGAGACGUGCCAAGUGUUUCCUUCCGAUUGGGGGCAUCUUGCUCGGGACGCAGGGGAGAAGACCCACAGACCACGUGAAGUUUUUUCUGGACUAUCCUGGGUUACUACGAAAAGGACCUAUGGACUACUACGGGGACAACGUGAGGGGUGUUUAUCGCGAACGCGUAGAGAAUAUGAGAAGUCGUCACGGACUGCCCGGAGGGAAAGAAAAAAUCGUCAUGGACAUACAGCUCGGGCCGACACGCUCACUGCUGACGUGGGACAUGAGACCAGUGCUGGCGUAUGCUCGAGAGAUGGGGGCGUGCUCAGCUACAAGUAGAGAGUUCCCAUGUGGGGAAGCCCGGGCUUCGGCAGUCUGUUUCCUUGGACAUAUUUGAUGACAAUUGACAAUAUAGAAAUUCAAGAUCUAUUCACACGGCA